AUGGGCAACCACAAGCAUGCAGCGUGGAAAAUUCAGCCAUCACAGACUGGCGAGUGGUCUUUGGAUACGGCCAAAGAAGCCGAGUACCCUGUGAGACUUGCAAGUGAAAUAGCAUCGGCAUUUCUGGAAGAACUCAGCAGCAGAGGUGAUAUUCAUUUGGUUGAUGACGUUUGUGAUCACGCAGUGAAAAUUUUGGCCGAAUCUCAACCUCGUAGGACACGUGGCCCACUCCUUUUAUCUGAGUUCAAGUCCAAAAUCUCAGUUUCUUGUGUGUACAGCGACCAACCACCGGAGUUCAUCGCUGAAUCUGUUGCCCCUCCUUGGCAGGGAAUCCCAGUUGGUUCAGAGCGGAUCGACAUCAAGCCGGUUGAUGGAAGAAACGGGUGUGAGGGCCAGCUGAAUGUCGUCUAUGGGGUGUAUUUUUCUCCUGAAGAGUUUACCCAGAAAGUGCGAGGCAUCAGACAUCCUUUUGAUGUACCUCUUCCACUGGAUGAAGCCAAUAUGGAAUCUAUUCGUUUUAUUUUGGAGAGAGGUCCAGCCAAAGUAGCCAGCUUCAGGGCUGAAAGACUGAGUCACAACCUCAAGAGAGCAAAAAGUUUACAGCGUGAUGAAAUGGCCUUGCACAAGUCUCUGAACAAAGACUGUCAGUUGGUUUUGGAGUCCAAACGGCUGCUUCUUUUUCGGGAAAUGCUUGAAGAUGCUGGUGUGAAAGAUGAGUAUCUAUUUCAGGAUCUGUGCAGCGGUUUUCGCUUGGUAGGCGACAUCAAUGCUUCAGGACAAUUCACACAGCAGUUUAAGCCUGCGAUCCUUGGGGUGGAGCAGCUCAGACAGACUGCAGUCUGGGCACAAAAGGCAGUUGUGUCAUCGUGCAACAUGAUCUUCCAGGACAUGGAGGUAGCACAGGCGGUCUGGGAGGAGACCAUGGAACAGGCCUCGCCAGAGAAGGGCUGGGUUUUGGGCCCGUUCUCUGCAAAAGAAAUCCCAGAGAGAUUGGGACCCAACUGGAUCCCGUCUCGCAGAUUUGGAGUGAGACAAGGUUUUUCUUGGGUGGAGCUGGAGGAGAAGGACGUUUCUUUAUCCCUGGAGGGUCUGGAGUCUCAGUCUUCGACAUGGCACCAGCUUGGAGCAGUGUUCACUCUGGUCUACAACAAAGAAUCACGCUUGCUGCGGCUCAAGGAACAGGUGGAGGAGCUCCGACAAUCUUUGGGAGUGCAUAUUGGGCGUUCAAAGAUCGAGCCCCUAAAGGGGCGACUGCUGUACGCAGCGGGCGCUUGA